AUGUAUCCUAGUCUUUUUAAGAAGCGACCCCGUGAUGAUGAUGCAAAAUCAAUAUCGUUGAGUUUCCCCCCUGCCGUGGUGGAGCACUAUCCAUCAAAGCUUUCUUUUCCAGUUAUUAUUGACGCCAACUUUCCCGCGCAGGAGUACUGUUCCCGCGGUGCUAGCGUGAAGAGCUCCAUUCACUGGGGUCAACGGAAGCUUUUGCUUUCAGAGAUUCAGCUGCUUUGCCUCUACGCACGACCAGAUGUCUCAUAUCAUAUCGUAUACGCCGGUUCUGCCCCUGGUACGCACUUGGCGUAUCUUGACGAAAUGUUUAGGGGACGACAUACAUGGGAGCUUGUAGAUCCGGGAAAGUUUGACCGCCCCGUGCUGGAGAAGCACCCUAACUUUACAUUGCGAAAUGAAUUUUUUACUAAUGCGACGGCAUAUGGAAUAAACGCUCGCCGUCUGUCGAAUGUUUGCCCGGCACUCGGUGCUAUUUACGAGCAUGUAGCAGUUGACAGUGCAGAUCCGCGUUUGAAGGACCUUCAUCAAAAGUUACAAACCGUGAUAGGAACGCAUGACGUCGCCCGGGGGACGGAAAGCAUCCCGUCUAUGUAUGAACCGCAGCGCCAGCUUCCUGUGGGUUUUGAGUUAUUGUGCGCUGUAGCGAGGGAACGGGAACGGCCAUUGUUGUUCAUAUCAGACAUCCGUUCAGGGAGUGUGAACCUCCCGAACUUUGAGGAUCACGUGGCAGAAAACAUGAAGGCACAGAAAUGCUGGUGUCAGAUCCUACAAGGUGAAUUUAGCAUGUUGAAAUUCAGGUUGCCGUAUACCCACAGAGGCAAAGGGGUUGGAGAGGGGAGGAAGAAGGUGCCUUCACACCUUAUUGGGAAGGAUGGCACCGUUACGUACCUCAAGGGAGACCUUCUACUCCCCAUAUGGACACGCCCGACGAGCACUGAGGGACGUCUUGUGGUUGCUUGCGGCGCGCCGCAGGUAUCGUACAAUGUCCAAUAUGUGGAAAACCAAUUCUUUUUCUUCAACGCGCACUUGCGGGAGAGGGUUCACUUCAAUCAUUUACUUCCACCUGAUCUGGACCUCGACCAUCACUACGACGCAGCUGCCGAGGUGAACUGUCUUCUUGCGUAUCUGAAGUUUAUUGAUCCGAAUUUAAGGAAUGCCCCGGCCGACGUUUUGGCGCGUGAGGUGAAACGUGUUUCUUCUUCCAUAACAGCGCAACUGCGGACUACAUUUCAAGACGCCAUUCGGCGGAGGGAUGCCCUCGUACUGAAGCACGCGCGCGGUGGGAACCUCGAUGAUGAAGAUGGCGGUGAGAGCGACGGUGAGGAGCCUGGCGAUUCUCCGCAAUGCGCUGCUGAUCACCAACGUCAUAACAAGAACGGUUGUGCAGGCUCACCUAUGGAGGAAAUGGCGAAGGCUUUGAUAGCAGCGGCUGCGAAGGAGAGGGCGCGGGUGUUGUGGAAGCGCAAUGUGGAGGAGUCGGAGACGGAUCCGCUUAGUGGGGUUUGGGUAACAACAAAAAUGAAACAGUAA